AUGGUUGCUCGUAUUGCACAGCCAUUGCAUAUUCGUCAAAUUGUGCUCUAUAUUAAAGGUCAAUCAGGAUUACCUGUUUAUGGUGCUUAUCUAUGUGCUAUUACUCUUUGCGUUUCUGCCAUGGUACAAGCCAUUAUUCACCAACAAGUCUUCUUUCGAAACACACGGAUAGGCAUGCGCAUUCGCAAUGCAUUAUCAUCUACCAUCUAUAAGCACUUGUUGACCAUUAAUACUGCAGCUCUUCACAAGACUACUGCUGCUCAGACGAUUAAUUUAGUAGCAAACGAUGCUGGUAAAUUUGAAGAACUAAGCCCUUUCGUACAUGUUAUAUUGUGGGUACCUCUGGAAGCUCUUAUAACGUUUGGUCUUAUUUGGUUGUACAUUGGUUUACCAACCGUGUUCGGCUAUGCAGUACUGAUUUUAUUAGUACCUAUACAGCUCAUUUUUAGCAGACAAUUCGGCCAAUAUCGAAAAGAAACAAUGAAAUAUACAGACAAGCGUGUCCAAACCAUUAAUGAACUUGUCAAUGGAUGUCAAAUUAUUAAAAUGUACAAUUGGGAAAAAGCAAUGGAACAACGAGUACGUGAAACACGCCGAUUUGGAGUGAAGGGUGCUAUCGGUGCUGGCAAGUCAACUCUACUAGCUGCUAUUCUUGGUGAGAUCAAUCUUAUCAGUGGAAAACUACAAAUAUAUGUUGAUUCAAUAUCGUACGCUCCACAAUCGGCGUGGAUUUUUGCUGAUACUAUUCGAGCUAAUAUUCUUCUUGGCAAACCAAUGAAUGAAGAACGUUACAAGAAUGUUAUCAAGGCAUGUUGUCUUGAUAUUGAUCUACUCAAUUUUGGUGAAGUCGGUGAUUUAUUAAUGAUUGGUGAUAAAGGUAUCAAUUUGAGUGGAGGACAAAAAGCUCGAAUAUCACUCGCUCGUGCUCUUUAUGCUGAUGCUGACUUAUAUUUACUCGAUGAUCCAUUGGCAGCUGUUGAUCCAAACGUGGCCAAGAAUAUUUUUGAUCAAUGUAUCGGUCCUCGUAGUUUCCUUCGUGGAAAGACUCGGAUAUUGGUUACACAUCAGACACAAUUUUUAGUUGAAGCAGAUCAAAUAAUUCUCUUGAGGAAGGGUCACAUUGAUGAAUUACACAUUGAACAACCUGUUGACAAUGAGUCAUCAAAUGAUACAUUAGAAACAGACUCAUCAAACGAUACAUCAGAAACGGACUCAUCGGACGAUAAUGAGACAGAUUGGACACUCAACACUGCUACAACUGAUAUAAAUUCGAUUGUAAAGAAUGAGACAUCAAUUGAUGGUGCCAUCAAGUGGAGUGUUUGGCUGCAACUGUUCACUGCACCACCUUUACGUUGGUUUGGUUUUUUUCUCAUGAUAAUUUUUAUGGUUGGUACUGAAGCUCUAUAUGACUUUACAAAUAGUUGGCUUGCUUUAUGGUCUGGUAAAGAUGAGAACGAACAACGAUCAUCAUUUUAUGCUUACGUCUAUCUUGGAGUUAUAUUUGCUACAUUAAUCAUCGCAUUGCUACGUGCCGGCUAUAUCUUCUAUAUCAUGUUGCGUGGUUCAACGUAUUUUCAUAAUCGAAUGCUCAAAGGUAUCUUGUAUACUUCGUUACGUUUCUUUGAGAGUAAUCCAAGUGGACGAAUAUUGAAUCGAGCAAGUAAAGAUCAACAAGUGUUAGAUGAAGCAUUACCUAUGGCUUUAAUUGACACUAUGCAAUAUUUACUAAUGACUCUCGGUGCUAUCGCAAUCAUUGGAAUGACCAAUCCAUGGGUACUUCUAAUUCUCAUUCCUUUGAUUCCCACAGUUUUGUGGCUUCGUAGAUUUUACAUGCGUUCCAGUCGUCAACUCAAACGACUCGAAAGUGUAUCGCGUAGUCCAAUUUAUGCAUUGUUCUCAUCGUCAUUGGAUGGACUUACUAGUAUUCGUGCGUUUGACGCUCAAAUCGAUUUUUUGAAUAUGUUCAUAGAAAGAAUCGAUACCAAUGCACGAGCUUACUUCAUUCUCUUUGCUACUACACGUUGGUUCGGUUUACAGCUUGAUCUUAUAACAUCCUUACUCACAUUAGUUACUUCUGUUCUUGCAGUAGCUUUGCGCCAUCAAAUCGAUCCAUCGGCAGCAGCACUCAGUAUCAGCUACUGUAUCACGUUAACAGGUCUGUUUCAAUGGGCUAUGCGACAAUCAGCCGAAGCUGAAAAUUUCAUGACUAGUGCAGAACGUAUUCAUGAAUAUGGUCAACUAACACGAGAAAGCCAUUCCAACAAUAAUAAAAGCGGUGUACUCAUUCAACCAGCAGAUGAUUGGCCAUCUCGUGGUAUUAUCGAAUUUAAAGACUACACUUUUCGCUAUCGACCAGAGCUCGAUCCUGUCCUCAAAAAUCUUAAUCUAAGAAUUGAAUCCAAAGAAAAGAUUGGAAUUAUUGGUCGGACAGGUGCCGGAAAGUCAUCACUUCUUCAAGCUCUCUUUCGAUUAGUCGAUCAAUCAGCCAUCAACGGAACCAUUCUCAUUGAUGACAUCGAUAUUGGACGUCUUUCACUCGAUUAUCUUCGUUCUCAUAUAAGCGUUAUUCCACAAGUACCAAUACUAUUCUGUGGUACACUUCGAUACAAUAUUGAUCCAUUCGAACAAUACUCAGAUGAGGAAUGUCUUACAGCACUUGAAGCCGUUCAACUCAAACCAUUAGUGCGCAAUCAUCCUGAUGGACUCCAUCUGAUGGUAACGGAAUCAGGUACUAAUUUGAGUGCUGGUGAACGUCAAUUGGUUUGUGUAGCUAGAGCCAUUCUGAAAAGGAGCCACAUAUUGCUUAUUGAUGAGGCUACGGCAAAUGUUGAUCAUACGACUGAUAGAAUGAUUCAAGAGGUUAUUGCUGACAAAUUUCGUGAUCGUACCAUAUUGACGAUUGCACAUCGAUUGAAUACAAUAGCCAAUAGUAAUCGUAUUCUUAUGUUGCAAGACGGAGAAGUAGCAUAUUUUGAUGUACCCAAUAAUAUCGACUUAACUCAAGGUGGUACACAAAACUAA